AUGUGGUUUGAGGUAGAGGGGGGUGGGGUCAAAGCCGAGGAAGGAGGCAACCUUGAAAGAGCUGAUAGCAACGGUCUCAUAGGUCAUGUCCAUAGGCUCUGA